GGAGCUCCCGGGAGCGGGGGUGGGUCCGAUUGCUGGCAGCCAAUCGGGAGGCGGGAGAAGGCUGGUUGCUCGCCUUCUGGGCGCGGCGUCACCGGACUCGCCGCCGCGCGGGCUCAGGUUAGCUGUAGGUUCCGGCCUCGGCCCUGGCCUCGGCCCUGGCCCCGGCCGGCUCUCCGCCUGCGGCAGGACGCGGAGGACAGCACUCAGUGAGCUCGUAGCGUCGGAAGCGCAGGUGACCCGAGUGAUCCGGCAGCGCCACCCGGCGGGACGCUUCGGCCGCCCAAGGACCUUUGGACUCGAUCGGUUUCCGUCGUUGGGGUGGCCACAGGACCGCAGGGAUUUGUGGACUUUGUAGUUCCGGAUUCUGCGUGGAACCCAGGCUGGAGCCCCACAGGGAUUUUUGGAGGAAACAAGAACUUUGAGGCCCAGGCCCCGGAAGGACAGGAAAGGAGUCUAAAUAAGAAUCUGCCGUUAGCAUUGUUUUAUUUUUCAGGUCUGACCUGAAUCUGGUCCAUCUCUUUCCGAUCCAAACUGUUUACCCACGGGGGAGGGGAGCAGACAGCGAAAUGGAGACGCUACCAAUCAAUCCAGUGGGAGAGAAAAGCACCUCUGAACCGCAACAACAAUGGGGAGGGAACCCCAAGAAGAGCCUUCAUCCAACUGCUCAAACUAGGCAGCAGCCCCAAGAGCCUGGAGUUCUCGAGCUGAGAAUGAGCCCAGCUCCCAGCCAACUUCUAGAGGUUCCUCCAGGGGCUGGAAAGCUGGCUGCUGCGCUCGAAGGAGACGCCGAGAAGCCCCGUGGAUCGGCUAGUGAGAUGCCAGAGCCGCUCCGCGCUCCGGUUCUCUGGGACUGUCCGGAUGGGAGCUUUGUCAAGAAGAUCGUAAUCCGUGGCCACGGCUUGGACAAACCCAAGCUGGGCUCCCGCUGCCGCGUACUGGCUUUUGGGUUUCCUUUUGGGUCAGGGCUGCCAGAGGGCUGGACAGAGCUAACUAUGGGCUUAGGCUCGUGGAGGGAGGGAACCUGGGGGGAGCUCACAGAGAAAUGUUUGGAGUCCAUGUGUCAGGGUGAGGAGGCGGAGCUGCAGCUCCCUGGGCACUCUGGACCUCCUGUCCGGCUCACACUGGCUUCCUUCACUCAGGGACAGGACUCCUGGGAGCUGGAGGCCAGCGAGAAGGAGGCCCUGGCUAGGCAAGAACGUGCGCGGGGAACAGAGUUAUUUCGAGCUGGGGACCCAGAAGGGGCUGCCCGAUGCUACGGACGGGCUCUUCGGCUGCUGCUGACUUUACCUCCACCUGGCUCUCCAGAGCGCACUGUCCUUCAUGCCAACCUGGCUGCCUGUCAGUUGCUGCUGGGACAGCCCCACCUGGCCGCCCAGAGCUGUGACCGGGUGCUGGAGCGGGAGCCUGGGCAUGUGAAGGCCUUGUACCGAAGGGGUGUUGCUCAGGCUGCCCUUGGAAACCUGGAAAAAGCAACUGCUGACCUCAAGAAGGUGCUGGCAGUCGAUCCAAAAAACCGGGCAGCCCAGGAGGAGCUGGGAAAGGUGCUCUUUCAGGGGAAGAAACAAGAUGCAGGACUGGCUCAGGGUCUCCGCAAGAUGUUUGGCUGAUUAAAAGUUAACCCUUAAAAGGGACAGAAA